AUGUCUUCCGCUUCCGUGUCCACGGCGCUUCUGUUAGCGACACUUCCGUCGUUUUACCUCCCUUCCGAUGACCAAUCGCCACCCGCAUUCCUUGCACCUGUUAUUCAUGCAGCGAGUGGAGUGGCUAAGAAACGUCUCAUAAUUGUCCUCUUUUCUCUCUUUCUGAACAAAAACCCGACUGUCAUCAACAACAACGAACACUUCCAAGGCGUCCAAAGACUGCUCACUUACAUCUAUGUGCAAGCAAUGAGGGAGGAGAAUACGCCCUUAGAUGUGGAUGUCAUUCUGAGAGGUCUUGACGAGGAGCUGAAUUUGAGUCUGGAUGAAGAAAAGGAAGGACAAGUGGACAUCAUUUACCGGGUUUCAGGAGAUUCCAUUCUCGUUCCUUUACCGACAGCGUUGCUAGCUCUUCCGCAGGUAUUUGUGGACCCCGUUGAAGGCAACUCCCAAUCCGCGUCUUUCAGGGAACCACAGCCUCUGCCAACGAAUCCAGACACUCCUUCGAUGUUUCCGGUCACCGCUUUAGGUGGAACCUUCGAUCAUCUUCACAGUGGCCAUAAGAUUCUUCUUUCAAUGGGUGCCUUUAUUACUUCACGAAAGAUUAUUGUUGGCAUAACCCACCCCGAUCUACUGGUUCGCAAGGCUCACGCGUCCCUUAUCGAGUCGUUGGAAACACGCAUCGAGAAAGUACAGAGGUUUUUGCAGAGGUUCAAACCUGAGUUAGAAGAGUAUGAUAUAGUCCCGAUCAAAGAUGUUUAUGGACCAACGGCUUCGGAUCCAGACAUUCAAGCUUUGGUGGUCAGCAAAGAAACAGUGAGAGGAGCAGAAGACAUUGCGAAGCUUCGAGCAUCGAAAUCUCUUCCCCCUCUCAAGACUUUUGUAAUCGAUGUGAUCUCAAACAACUCCUCAAACUUAGACGAUAGCGACCAGGAACGUUUAAAGAAGACGAAGAUGAGUAGUACAGCCUUUAGAGAAUGGCUCGCGCAGAACAACAAGGUAUAG